UAGCAAAAAAAACAGCUCCAGCAGAUGAUGUAGGGGGAAAAAACGGCCAAUUUUUUUACAUCACGAUGUAUAAUUUGCAUCAGGUGAUGCAAAUACAGAGGUGAUGUAUCGCAUAAAAACGCCCAAUAGCCACUUUGUCGUUUCCUUCUUCCCCACCCGCGCGCGCCCGACCGCCGCCGCCGGUCAGUCUCCGACCAAAUCCGGCCAGCCGCCACCGGGAAUCGACCCGCCGACGCACCCCCCCCCCCCCCCCCCGCCCGCCGGUCCUAUUCCCGACUCGCCGGAGUCUUCCCGGAGCUUGGGAUGGCCGGAAACGCGUGGCUGCCGCGGUGAAAUCGGACGGCCGCCGAUCCAGAUUCCGGCCGAUUCUAGCAGAGCGCCGCCAUCGCCGGCCCUUUGCGCGGUCGUGGAACGCCGAUUUUCCUCCGCCGAUCUCCCACGCGCCCAAAUCCAGUCGGAUUGGGCAGGUCUGUGACCGCGCAUGAACCCGCCGCCCCGGCCACCUCUACUCGCCAUCUCCGCCUCAUCCGCCUCGCACCGGUGGUGCUCCUCUGCGUCGCCCUGCCCCCUCCUGCUCGCCAUCCCCACCUCGGCCGCCCUGAACCGAAGCUGCUACCGUCUGGCCACGAGCACUAUCGUUGAUAGUUGCAACAAAGAUGAAUUCGAGCUCGUAUGACUACACGACGUCCGACGAAGAGUUUGAUAUGGAAGAGGAAGAAGACAUAGCCAUGGUGCUUGCAUUGCACGCGCACAAAAACAAGCACCCGAAACAUGGCGGUCCAGUCAUUGGAUGGGAGACAGUCAAGAGAGAAAGGGCCGAUGCCGACUGUCGGCUGAUGCACAACUAUUCUGAUGACCCGCCAAUCUAUCCCGAGCGCUACUUCCGUCGCCGGUUUCGGAUGGGGGCAGACUUGUUCAAGUACAUUGCGAAGGCGGUGAAGUUGCACGACACCUUCUUCGAGCAAAGGAGGAAUGCAUGCGGCUUACUUGGACAUAACACAUUUCAGAAGGUGACUGCUGCAUUGCGCAUGAUGACAUAUGGAAUUCCGGCGGAUCUCGUCGAUGACAACUUGGUAAUGGGUGAGAACUCCGCCAUUCUCUGUGUCAAGCGCUUUGUUGUUGCCAUUGUCGAGGUGUUUGGUGAGGAUUACUUGAGAGCUCUCAAUGCUCAGGACACUGCUAGACUUCUGGCGAGCAAAGCCGCCCGUAGAUUCCCUGGCAUGCUUGGCUCCAUUGAUUAAUUGCAUGCAUUGGAGGUGGAAGAACUGGCAUGCAGCUUGGCAUGGACAGUUCAAAGGACACAAGAAGGACUCCAUUAUUAUUCUUGAAGGUGUUGCUAACCAGGAGACAUGGAUUUGGCAUGCUUUCUUUGGCAUGUCGGGCUCUUGCAAUGACAGCAAUGUGCUUCAGAGGUCACCACUCUUUGCAAGGCUAGCCAACGGAGAGAUACUGGCGUUGCAGUUUGUGGCCAACGGCCGAACCUAUGACAAAGGCUACUACCUUGCUAAUGGCAUCUAUCUGAAGUGGGCUACAUUUGUGAAGCCUCUCAUCAGCCCCUCACGUAAGAAAGAACAAGACUUUCACUAUGCUCAAGCAGCUGCUAGGAAAGAUAUUGAGAGAGCAUUUAGGAUAUUGCAAGUCCAAUUUGCUAUUGUGAGAGGUCCGGCGAAGUUCUGGGAUCAAGAGAUCCUUUGGUACAUCAUGAUGGCUUGUGUGAUCAUGCAUAACAUGAUCAUUGAGAACAAACAUGGUCAAGAUGUGGACGGGUAUCACUACAAGUUGAUGGGGCAUCCAGUGCGGGUGCGACGGCAGCGAGACCGCAUCGCCCGCUUCAUUGAGUGCUAUCAUGCGAUCCGUGAUGAAAAUACCCAUGAAAAUCUUCAGAAGGAUCUCAUGGGGGAGUGGUGGACAUGGUGGGGGCAACAACGGAGUGGUGGAUGUCGUUGAAUUAUGUGAUGAACUAUGUGUGUUUGUGGAUGAACUUCGAGUGUUUGUGAUAAACUAUGCAUGUCUGUGAAUUGAUUUGUGUGCCAGUUGAUGAAGAACUAUUUGUGCAAUUACUAUUUAGUAUUGUUUGGAUUUUA